AGACGCGUAUAUACAGCUGUGAGGUAAAGCGGACGACUUAGUCCUCGAAACCAGAAAGACUCGAGCGAGUCUCCGUAAAGUUCUUAUCGAGAUGGGUGCUGGUAAUCUAGCAUCCUUUCUGCAAGCAACAUCCUUGCUGCUGCUGAUAUCCGCGAGGACCAGCUGGUGCAUCGAACAAGGAUGUGACUUCUACCAGGAUAUGGCUGCUGGCACGACCUACUACGUUUACAAUCCUGGGUAUCCAAACGCUUACUCGGGUCAGAGGUCAUGCAGAUGGUACGCAAAGAGCGCGACGCGGGUGCGACUGUCCUGUGAAGUAUUUUCAUUGCCAGCGACGGCCAACUGCGUGGGCGAUAGACUAUCGGUGUCGCCUUCCGGUGAUCUUCAACUGAGCGACGCCCAUCGUUAUUGCGGAACAGGAACCUUCGCCGUUGAGUCAACCGGAAACUACCUGAACAUCGUCUUAGAGAGCGUCAGUGCCUCCAGCACCGGAAGGUUCCUCUGCAAGCUGGAGUCCAUCUCGUCGAGCGAACCCAAUUGCAAUUGCGGUUGGAAGAAGCAGACCAGGAUCGUUGGCGGAACUCAAACUGGAGUAAACGAAUAUCCGAUGAUGGCUGGUUUGAUCGACUCCACGCAACGAAUUCUUUAUUGUGGCGCGACGAUCAUCUCCGUCAAGCACGUGAUCACCGCCGCUCAUUGCGUCGUAGGAAAGUCCGCUGGUCAACUGGGAGUUCUUGUCGGCGAUCACGACAUAUCGACUGGAUCCGACACAAAUGCCUCGAGUCUUCAUCGUGUCUCCAGCUUCACGGUGCAUCCGCAAUACAAUGCAGAUACACAGGCAAACGAUAUUGGGAUCGUGACGGUUAUAGACACGAUAGUCUUUACGUUGGAAGUGGGUCCGGCCUGUCUUCCGUUUCAGCAAGCUUCAAAUUCCUUUGCCAAUUCAAACGUCCAAGUACUUGGCUGGGGCACCACGGAGUUUGCUGGAGCCACUUCGAACACUCUGCAGGAAGUGACGCUUGGCGUAACGCCGCUGGCCAGCUGUCAGCGUCCUUAUCCACAAGUAACUAACAAUCAGAUGUGCACUUACGCCAAUGGAAAGGAUACCUGCCAGUUUGACAGCGGCGGUCCAGUUCUUUGGCAAAAUCCAUCUAGCAGGAGACUCGUAUGUGCUGGAAUUAUCAGUUUCGGAGGAGUCUGUGCUUCGGAUACCCCAGGAGUGAAUACCCGGGUGGGCGCCUACAUGAAUUGGAUUCUAUCAGUGACUCCAGGUAUAAAUUAUUGUCGGCUGGAAUAGAAGAAAAGGAAGUCAUGUAUAAAACCAGUCAGACGGCAGCAUCUGUGAUUCGUCCGCUUUUAUCUUAAUUUAUAAAUAACAUUUUCACCAUUACUUAUACCUGUGGAUACUGUUAACGUAUUUAUUGUGCGCUGUCAAUCCUUGGGAAUUUAUCAGACUUGCCACAUGUAUCGGUCAGACGAAUAAGUUCAACGACAAGAAUCUCCUCAAUGGCUGCUUCAUCUGUCAGAGGGCGCAAUAACGAUCGCAGAGGAUCACUGCAACAUCGUCUUUACAUAUAUUAUGCUAAGUUGCGUUUCUAAAUGGCUAUAGUGGCGCCAUCUCUGGGAUAUACGUGUAACCACGAUAAUAAAUGUUUUACUCUGGUCGAUCAGACAGAAUAAAUAUA